UUCAUUAUGCAACUUAACUUUUUCCCCUUUCUAGACAACAAUCUAGUCAUCAAAUUCUUGUCUCUUGUACCAAAGCCACCACCCUCACCUUUCUAUCCAUAUUUCCAUGUUCAAGUCCCAUGUGCACUCAAUUAAUAGCAACCACAAAACCAACUAUUGAAAGAGAUCAAGAGGGAGAGCUAGAGUAGAGAGGAAAACAGGAAAUUGAAGAUGGCGGAUUGGGGGCCAGUUUUUGUGUCAGUGGUGCUCUUCAUUCUCUUGACUCCAGGGUUGCUGAUUCAGAUUCCUGGCAAAAGUAGGAUGGUAGAGUUUGGCAACUUUCAGACCAGUGGAGCUUCUAUACUUGUUCAUUCUAUCUUGUACUUUGUUCUCGUUUGCAUCUUUUUGUUAGCUAUUGGAGUCCACAUGUACAUGGGGUAACUGAUUUAUCUCUCUAUCAAUACCUUCUGUGGUAACACAGAUUGUUUAUUAUUGGUUCAUUUCUUCUUGUUUGAAUUGGGGGAUUUUAUUGGUUAUAAUGGUUUUCUUUUCUUUGGUGAUCAUGCUUGUAAUGGAAUGACAAAUGCGUUAAGUAAAAAUUUGAGUAUUUCUUGCUUGGAACGCAUAGAAUCCGUGUUUGGUUCCAAUUAUCUGAAAUUUAGUUCAAGGUAAUGACAUUCUA